UAUUGUCUCAAAUUAGAUGUGUUUUUCUUUGCUGUUGGUUCUAAAGGAGAGAGCAGGGAAUUGUUUCUGAAGAAACUUCCUGUUAGAAUGCCUUACAUCAAUGUGGCUGCAGCUCUGCAGAUUUGUGCACUGCUGUCUGCACUGCCUGCACAAUAUUUCAUAUCCCAGUGGUAUGGAACAGACUCUGCUCAGCGCAUCCAAAUAACAGAAAGGGUCAUUGCCUCUUGGAGAAGCUUUGCAAAACCUUACUUGAGUCUGGAUGCAUGGGCAGAUCGUUUAAAGCUGUGGCUGUCAAAGACAAGGAAUUGGUACUAUGGAGCAAAGAAAACUCUAAGUGGUGAUAAUGAACCAGAACCCUAUUCUUAUUUUGCAGAAUCAACUCACAUUCACAGUCCAAAGCCUGAAUAUAUUCAGUUCAGUGUGGGACAGGUAAUAGUUCACAAGAAAUUUGGCUAUUCUGGAGUCAUUAUUGGAUGGGAUGUGAAAGCUAACACUCCAGGAGAACGGCUGCAACAGAAAUAUCCUCCAGUGAAACAGGAUCUAAAAGGUACUCCUCACUAUCGAAUUCUAAUUAACAAAGCAAAUGGAUUUGGCAAAUCUACAGCUUACAUUCCUGAGGAAGAGAUAACAAUUAUUAUGGGAUUGGAGGUGCACCACCCUGAUAUGAAAGCCUAUUUCAGUGGAUAUGAUGGAACAAAAUACAUCAUGCAGCCAUGGUUGAAAAAGAUCUAUCCUCACGACUGAAGGGUUUGUACAUGUAAUGUACAACCACACAAUGUAUUUCCUUUUUAAAUGGGAGCAAAUAAAACUCCUGUAUAUUUUUUUCUAUGAUGAAAUAAAACAUUCCUAGGUA